AUGGACUCGUGCUUGGCGCUUACAGAAGAAAAAAAGCAGAAAGUUUCGGAUUUUACUACCACUUGUGACGUUAUUUCUAACGAUAUUGAUUCAUUCGAUAAACGUAUGACACGUUCCACCAGUACUUCAAUCUCUAGUAGCACAUAUAUGGACUUGGGUGAUGGCACACGGUACCAUGACAUAGAAGACGAGAUCAAGAGUUCCAUAGCUCCAUUAUCUAUUGAAGAAGAAGAGUAUACUAUUGCACGUGUACAGACAGUCCAAUCAGCUUCAAAUGUAUUGACAUUAUCUUCACGAGGACGUAAUAAUCACCAUUUAUCAGUUCCAAUGAGACGUUACAAUAGUUCUCAAAGUGUGAUACAAGCAGCAAAAGAACGGAAGAAAAACAUUGGUUCUCACUCGACUAGUGCUGCAGCAAUGAUGCGAGCAUCAAAGGCAGAAUCCGAAAAAGUUAAACGGACAGGUUUUGCCAGGAUUUACUUUGAAAAUACAAACUUUACAUCAUCGACAGUAUUCAAGUUACUCAGUACGACAACGGUACUUGAAGUACGCAAGUCUAUGGCAGCAAAAAUCAAGAUUUCAAUGCAGGAUUUCAACAAUUACGCUAUUGUAGUUGUCUUUCCAACGGAUGUUGCUGGAUCAUUAUCGGCGAGGACGUUGAGGGAUGAAGAGCUCAUUUUACCAUUGGUGGAGAAAUUGAAUCGUGCCCGACCGGUACAGACAGUUGAAGCUGAUGAUACAAUUGGUGGCACUACGUGCACUAAACCGAAACAUCGUUCGAGACCACCGGUCAAAUUUGUUCUCAAGGAUGUUCAAGGUUCUCAUCUGGAUAUUAAUGAAAGUCCUGCACCAUCAAGACGUCAAGCAUCUGACACACAGUCGAUUAAUUUCCCGGUUCUAUUAGGAAAGGGUGUAUACUCAGGCUACCUUCAGAAAGCAAGCUCUAGUGAUUCGAAGCUGUGGAGAAAGCGGUGGUUUAUCAUCAAGGGAGACCAACUGCUUUACUGCAAGUCGAACGUGAACCAACAGGAUGUGACAUCAAUUAGUUUACUGGGUGCAGUUCUCGCUAAGGCAAAGCCAGAAGUACGCGUACCUUUCUCAUUCCAGCUCAAGACACCUCGACGGGAUUAUGAGCUCUGUGCCAGUAAUAAGGACGAGAUGGUGGCUUGGAUUCAUGCGCUGCACAUUCAGAUUGGUUUGUGCUCAGAAAAUCACCGUCUGUAUGAAGCUGAGAUUUGGAUUACGGAAGACGCUGUAAACCGAAGCGAGCAGGAGCCAUUGCCAACAAUGACAGAGCCUUCUUUACUGGAGCGUGUGCUUUCUCGCGAAGAUUCCUUGAAGCUUUUUCGCGAUUUUGUUUUUACGACCCAAUACCAGAGUUUGUUGGACACAUGGAUCGAGUGUGAGCUGUUCCGACGGAGCUGUAUUGCCCGUGAGAACAGACUUGUAAGUAGUACAAGUAUGGGGAAUCGACGGACAGUGCAAGACGAGUGGAAUCAUUUGAAGGCUAUCAUCCGUGCAAUUCAGCUGCUGAAUAUUGUACAUGCCGAUGAGCUGAACAAGCUAUGGCAAUGCUAUCAAUCAGAGCAGAGUAAUCGUCGUCUCAGUGUGGCAUUGAACAACGACAGCUACGAAGAGUAUCCGCGGACUGAUGUCAUUGUUCCAGUGCAGCUAAAGCUUUUUAAAGCUAUUGAGGGUGGACCAUUUCAACAGUUUCUCUUGCAAAACGGAUAUCGACUGUUGCUGGAGCGUAUUAUUGGGGCAAUUGCAUAA